AUGAAGAAGCCGACCUUGUCCUGUACUAUUCUAGUAUUGCUUGCUUUUAUUGUGCUGACAUCGGCCCUCGGAUUUGAUCCGGUGUCAUUUCGUCUUAUCGACCCAAUCCUCUCUCCAUUAAAUGCUACAAAGAAAUUCAGUAUCACCGCUUGGAUCGAGACAUACAACCAAACCAUCGACUUCGUUCUAGAAAACAAUGAUGAUCUCGUAUCACAAGACGUGCAAAUCCGAUAUCCUGAUGUCCACGGACAUGCUAAUGAUGCAGGCGCUCUACCGAACACUCAAGUUCGGUUUACAAAAGGGUCAGUCUGGAUGCAGGACACUCUUCGGGGGAGUCGGGAGAAUGUCGGAUGGGCAAGACUUGCCGUAAUCGAGGACGGAGAGAGCCUGCUCUUCGAUGGUGCAUUUACAAUGAUGGGCUCGCACUAUGCCAUUGAGCUCAACACCCGCGAGGAUGGAUCUACUGAGAUAAUAGCCCACGAACACGAAUCGGCAUUCUCAACUGGCAACGGAUCGUCACUCCCUUCGCUCUGCGCAACUGCACCCGAAACACACUUGGAUAAGCGACAGGUGUGGAAUGCUUGGGGUGACGAUGACCUCACGUCAAAUAUCGGCAGCACUUCUGGCUGUCCAGACACGAGAGAGAUUGCAUACAUUGGUAUAAUGACGGAUUGUACUUACACUGCAAGCUUCAACUCCUCCGACUCUGCCCAUCGAUACAUUCUGAAUAUGAUCAACACUGCAUCUGUGGUAUUCGAGAACAGUUUUAAUAUCUCUCUUGCCGUACAGAAUUUGACAAUCAGUGACGCUGAAUGCCCGAGCAGUGUAUCAGACACGACGGCAUGGAAUGUUCCAUGUUCACAGGGAGAUCUCAACACGCGCCUUCAGACCUUCUCAACGUGGCGAAGCUCUGUGAACGACGAGAACGCAUACUGGACCUUGUUGACUGGAUGUUCAGUCUCUGCUGGGGAGAUUGGGGUGUCAUGGAUUGGAGCACUGUGCAACACGGGUUCUGGUUCUAGCUAUGGCGGAGCCAGUGCUAAUGUCGUUGCUCGAACACAAAAUGAGUGGCAAGUCUUUGCUCACGAGUCGGCCCAUACAUUCGGAGCAGUCCACGACUGCACUUCAAGUACAUGUGGAAGCGACUCGACACAAUGCUGCCCGCUCUCAUCAAGUGCUUGUGAUGCCGGCGGACAGUACCUCAUGAACCCCGUAUCUGCAUCUGGUAUGACGCGAUUUUCGCCAUGCACGAUUGGAAAUGUCUGUUCGCGGCUUGGCUCUGGGCGGGUUGACGGCCGAUGUUUGGUGGACUCUCGGACCGGCAAUACCACUGGUAAUAACGGACAGUGCGGAAAUGGCGUUGUUGAAGCUGGAGAGGCAUGCGACUGUGGAAAUGGUGCCUGUGACGAACAAGAGACUCAGUGUUGCGACUCUGUGACAUGCCAGUGGCGAGGAGGAGAUGGAUGUGAUCAGACGGAUGAUGGAAAUACUGGAAAUACUGGAAAUACUGGCAACAAUGGAAACACUGGACAAGGAACCUGGGGAAAUGGCCGGCCGAGUGGUGAUGUCUCAUCCUGGGUUCAAAAUCAUCUUUCGCUGGUUAUUGGACUUGCUGCUGGUAUUGGAGGAGCUUCGUUACUGCUCAUAUUUGGAUGCUUGAUUUGUUCCUGCAGGCGCGGCCGUAGAGAACAAGUGGUCAAUGUCAAGCCCACUGCAAUCCCACCACCACCUCGAUAUCAAUAA